AUGUCUCCGGCUCCGUCGCCGUCGCCGACCUACGGCGCCGACCCGACCGUCGGUCACCGACGUACCCUCUCCCUCUCUCUCUUCCGCGCCCCGGUCUCCGGCCCCGUCGCCGUCGUCGACCUACAGCGCCGACCCGACCGCCGGUCACCGACGCCGACCCCCGGCCCUGACCGCCGGUCACCGACGCCGACCCCCGUCGCCGAACACCGGUUCCCCCCCGCUGUACCCCCCCACCCCACCCCCUUCUCUGUCCAGACCCCCUUCUUCUCCGGCGCCGUUACAACAGUGCAACAGCCGAAGCUCGAUCUCCAGCCGCAACCGCCGCUCCAUCGCCAGCAGCCGCAGAUCCAUCUCAGCAGCGAUCCCCCGGCAGCAGGUCGACGCGGGGCUUGGUUGCCGACUUGGUCUACAAGUGAAAUCUGGUGA